UUCUCUUGUGCUGUUGUAUCUUAUUUUGGUUUUGUGUUUCGUCUUUUUGCUGAGUGCUUAUCGUAUCCUCUAUCGAGGCGAGCAGAAAAACAUGGUCUCUGGGACGAGUCCAUUCCAUGUGUUCGUCGCAAAGGCGCGGGACUCAGCACUGCCGACGCGCCAACUCGCUCGCUGGCGCAGAAGAAUGUUGAGGCCAUUAGCUUCACGUCGUUCGCCCGUGCUUUCGCUGGAUGGCGGAGCCAGCACCGACGACCCACUUGCCACCGCUGCAGCCAUCGAGGUGCUGACCCGUGGUGGCAAUGCGGCCGACGCGGCGGUGGCAGCUGCGGCCGCGCUCCAGGUGCUCAAGCCGUACGCGACGGGCAUCGGAGGCGACUGCUUCGCCCUCUUCUACGAUGCGAAGACGCGCACCGUGCGCUGCAUCGACGGAAGUGGUCCGAGCCCUGAAGCCCUGACCCGGGAGCUGUUUGUGGCAGGAGCGGACUCUGGCAUGGAGGCCACAGUUCCUGGUGCCGUCAAGGGCUGGUUCGACACCCUGCGCCAUUGCGGCAGCGGACGGGUGUCCAUGAGUGAGGUCUUGGCACCUGCUGUGCGUCUCGCUCGCGACGGCUUCCCGGUGGGCGUGGUGAACGCGGCCCACUGGGCCACCUACGAGUCCAAGCUGGGCUCCCUAGUGGGGGGAGGCCACUUCUUACCUGUGCCCCGGGCUGGACAGCUGCUGCGCAACGAGCCACUCGCCGACGUCCUAGAGCGACUGGGCCAAGAGGGCGCUGGUGCCUUCUACAAGGGGCCCGUGGCCGAAGCGGUGGCCGCGGCCGUCAAGCGUGCGGGAGGCGUCCUGGAAGCAGCCGAUCUUCUCCGACACUUUGUCGAGGGUGGCGAUGGCCUGGUCGUUCCCGUGAGCACGACGUAUCGCGGUACCCGGGUGCACACGGUGCCAUUUCCCAGCCACGGCAGCGUGCUCCUCGAGGCGCUCAACAUCCUCGAGCCGUUCGAGCUGCGCGACGUGGAAGAGGGCACAUACGCGCAUCUUCUUCUCGAGGCUCUGCGACUGGCAUUCGCGGACGGACUCGCGUGGGUUGCUCACGAGGGACUGGCGCGGGAUGGCUUGAUGGCUUCCAAGGAGCACGCCAAGAGCCGCCACGUGGACAUCGAACGAGCCCGGCAAUGGAGCGAGGCGGACUUGCCGUACACUCCGGAGCAGUCGCACACAGUCUUCCUGGUGACAGCCGACGAACAAGGCAACGCCUGCGCCUUCAUCAACAGCAACUUUCUGGGCUUCGGAUGCGCCGUUGUCGAGCAGUACGGAUUCGCUGUCCAUUGCCGCGGCCGCGGGUUCAGCGCCGUGGCGGGUCACCCGAACUGUGCGGGCCCCUGCAAGAAGCCGUACCACACACUGAUGCCAGUGCUGGUGACGGACGACGCGAGCGGCGACUGGUUAGCCGCACUGGGCACCAUGGGCGGAUACGCGCAGCCGCAGGUGGACCUGCAGAUCUUCCUCGCCAUGCUGGAACGCGGCCUCGAUCCACAGUCGGCGCUGGACGCGCCCAGGCUGUACAUAGGCGAUGGCCGGUCCUUAAGGGUGGAUGAUCCACUCUACCUGGAGGAAGGGUUUCCUGGGGACGUGGUCGAAGAUCUCCGGCGUAGGGGUCAUCGCAUCGAGCCGCUCCUUCUGAGCGCUUCUGCUCGAAGCACCAGGAGCAUGGCCCACAUCGUCACACGUGGCAGCUGGUGGGACCGCAUUAGCAAGAGUGCCGUCUACGAAGGACCACCCAUACUAUGGUUCGGCUGCGAGCCCCGGAGCGACGGCAUUGCAGCCGCGGCGCCGCCUCAAGGCCAGCACUGAAGCCCGUGGAGUGCGCGUGCACGCUUGGUCUCAAGCGAGCGACUGCAGUCAAGGCCACAUUCGCUGUCGAGCUUAAGGCACGUACGAAAGAUAUUGAUACAGCGUGGGGUAGCUAAUGAAGACAGCUGUCGGUACUGCUGGGCAGACCGAGGCAAAAUUAAGUGCAAUAAACAGGCAACAGACGAAUAGGAACAAUUGCACAGGCCUAUGACGACUCUCAACUGACAGCGCCAUUACGUGCUGCGUAGUAACGAAAAAAAAAUAAUAUCGAGAGUGACAGAAAAACGGACUCACAGCGAGGGUGGAGAAGGUAGUAUAGAUUAACAAGCUUGAGACAGGAACGCACACUUGCAACGACGGUUAUGUGCUCUCAGCAGUCGUUCAGUUAUUUUCCAAAUUACAGUGCUCGGUAUAGCGUCUGUUGCUUCUCAUCUGGUAUCGCGCUUUCGAAUGUAGCAGGCACAGCUGGGGCGUUGUAAUAUUUGAAAUGUGCGGCGCAGCGUAGACAGAGAAUAGCACUUUCGUCAUGACGCCCUUCCUGUUUGUGUUUUAUCCUCAUCCGUAGUUCGUGCUGGCGAUUUUUUCGAAUGUCACCCACCACCAAAUAACUCAAACCAAGGUUCUGCUACGGGUAUUGCUUGUCGGACGAAAGUACAUGUUGCAGAGUAACUAAUAUUGAAAUACCUAAAAAAAAAGCAGCGACAGCUUGUUUUCGUCGCUGGAAAAAUAUAAUCUCAGAUAUUUUGGGUUUUAUAUCUUAGUUUCCUGAUUUUCAGCGGUAUUUUACUUGUGUUUCGAUCCACUUGCUGAGACCGCGCGCUUCCAUCUUGUUAACGUCCUUUUUUGUUUGUUUGUUUUUGCCGCUUCGUACUCGAAAUGAGUGAGGCAGAAUGCAAGCACGGGUGGUUCUCGGAAGCUAAACAAACUCCACAGUUUAAGGUUAUCUAGGAAUUCAGCCCUGUUCCUGUUGAAAUUUCAACGCAAUGCUGUAACGCGUUAGGCUAGUGGUAAAGAGUUUACGCAAAUUUUAUAGUAUGUACCUGCACUUGCGAAAUCGACGAACAUUGUUAGCACUUUUGGGAGUUCUCCAGCUGGAAAAUACCUCAAAUAAGCUUGACCUUUGGUGUAAUAAAGGAGCGCCUCUCUUAAAAUCCCAUUGUAUCAAUAAAGAAUUCAUGUUAAAAACA